UUCUACCCGGAGGCGUAAAUUGAAGAUUUGUCGAGACUCGGAAGCCCUUCUCGUUAGCCCUCCCUCGUCUCUUCGGCGGGCGCCGUCGCUCGCCGUCGCCCCCCCGAAACCCUAAUAAUCUUCUCUUUUGGAACCAUCGGAGUCCAGACCUUCCGCUCAGAGUGGAGCACAGGAUGGGCUCGUCCCAGAAGAAGAUACCUUUCCACAGGCACAGGGAAGCUGAAGAGGCGAGAAAGAAGAGAGAAGAGGAUGAAGCUGCUCGUGUUUAUGCUGAAUUUGUGGAGUCCUUUAAGGGCGAUAAUACUCCUGGUUCGAAGACGUUUGUCAGGGGAGGGGUCAUUGAUCCAAAUGAGAAGCUUAAGGCCGGCCCAGAAGGUGGAAAGUCCAAAGAUGGGGUAUCUGUUCCAAAGAAGGGAAGUAGGUAUGUGCCAUCUUUUCUGCCACCACCAUCUCAAGGAAGGGAAUUGGAGAAAAAGGAUGAGGAGAAACCUAGGGAGAAGGAAAAGGGAAAAACACGCCAUAUUGAUAAAUUCUUGGAGGAGCUGAAGUUUGAGCAAGAAUUGAGGGAGAAGCGAAAUCAAGAACGUGAAGGGCGGCAUAUUGAUAAUUCUGCUCCGCUUAGCCGUUUUGAUGAGCUACCGGAUGAUUUUGAUCCCAGUGGUAAGUUUCCAGGGUCAUUUGAUGAUGGAGAUCCUCAAACCACAAAUUUGUAUGUUGGAAAUCUCUCCCCUAAGGUGGAUGAAAAUUUCCUUUUAAGGACUUUUGGGAGGUUUGGACCCAUUGCCAGUGUGAAAAUUAUGUGGCCACGAACGGAAGAGGAACGGAGGCGGCAAAGAAAUUGUGGCUUUGUUGCUUUCAUGAACAGAGCUGACGGACAAGCUGCUAAGGAUGAAAUGCAAGGUGUAGUUGUUUAUGAAUAUGAGUUGAAAAUUGGCUGGGGUAAAUCGGUAGCUCUUCCUGCACAGGCACUGCCUGCUCCACCACCUGGUCACAUGGCUAUCAGAAAUAAGGAGGGCAAUACUGUCAUAAUAUCUGGACCCGAUGGAGCACCAGUAACAACAACUCAAAGCUCCGAGUUGGUGCUUACUCCAAAUAUUCCAGACAUCGUGGUUGCUCCUCCAGAGGAUGAUCACCUUCGGCAUGUGAUUGACACAAUGGCAUUGUAUGUUCUUGAUGGUGGAUGUGCUUUCGAACAAGCUGUCAUGGAGCGAGGUCGUGGAAAUUCACUUUUUGACUUCCUAUUUGAUCUUCGAUCGAAGGAACACACAUACUACGUCUGGAGACUCUAUUCCUUUGCACAGGGUGACACCCUUCAACGAUGGCGGACAGAGCCUUUCAUUAUGAUUACUGGUAGUGGAAGAUGGAUUCCUCCUCCUCUGCCGGCCAAUCGAAGUCCUGAACAUGAUAAAGAAUCUACUUCAACAUUCGCAGCUGGUAGAAGCAAGCGGGUUGAUUUGGAGCGUGCAUUGACAGAUCCCCAACGAGAUGAGUUUGAAGAUAUGUUACGGGCCUUGACGUUGGAGAGAAGCCAGAUCAGAGAAGCUAUGGGAUUUGCCUUAGAUAAUGCUGAUGCUGCUGGAGAGGUAGUUGAGGUCCUUACAGAAUCAUUGACUCUAAAGGAAACACCUGUACCAACAAAAGUUGCAAGGCUUAUGCUGGUAUCUGACAUCCUCCACAAUAGUAGUGCUCCAGUCAAGAAUGCUUCUGCAUACCGCACUAAGUUUGAAGCCACCCUUCCUGACAUAAUGGAGAGCUUUAAUGAUCUCUAUCGCAGCAUUACAGGAAGGAUCACUGCUGAAGCACUAAAGGAACGAGUUCUGAAGGUUCUUCAAGUAUGGGCUGAUUGGUUUCUCUUUUCGGAUGCAUAUUUGAAUGGGUUGCGAGCAACUUUUCUUCGGUCAGGGAACUCAGGUGUUUUGCCCUUCCAUUCCAUAUGUGGUGAUGCGCCAGAAAUUGAAAAUAAAACAAGUUAUGAAGAAACUUAUGAAGGAGGUAAGGUUAACCAGGAUGCUGCACUGGCAGUGGGAAAGGGAGCAGCCAUGAAAGAGCUAUUAGGGCUUCCUAUGGCUGAGCUUGAGAGGCGCUGCAGACAUAAUGGUUUAUCUCUCUGUGGAGGUAGAGAGAUGAUGGUUGCAAGACUGCUGAAUUUAGACGAAGCAGAAAGAGAGAGAGGUUACGAUCGAGAGGACGAUAUGAAGUAUGGGCAAAACCAGUUAUACAGAUACACAAAAGAUGAUAGCAGUUGGAAUGUUAGUAAUGCUGGGCUAAGAGAAACUAAUGUUGAGACAGAAAAAAGCCCCCCUGCACUUAAUCAGUUUGGUAGAGGAGCAACUUCAUGGCAUGAUAAGGGCUCUAUUUCACUAGAGACAGUAGUGGCUCCGAACAAGAAAGAAAAAUCUGAUCCUGUUUUAGUUUCCAAGUGGAAUCGAGAGGAUGAUGGUAGUGAUGAUGAAGAUAAAAGUUCUCAGGGUUUGGGUUUGAGUUAUUCAUCUGGAAGCGAAAAUGCUGGGGAUCUUGGGAAGACCGGUGCUGAAGUGAACAUGGAUCCUAAUGUUCAUACUCAUCCUGACACUUCUAUUAAUGAAGAGAAGAGACAGAAGCUAAGACGUCUGGAAGUUGCAGUAGUAGAGUACCGUGAAUCGCUUGAAGAACGGGGCCUCCGAAAUGCCGAGGAAAUAGACAAGAAGGUAGCAGUUUAUCGAAGACAGCUUGAAUCUGAUUUUGGUUUGUCAGAUACUACAGAUGAUUUAGGGAGCAAGAAAAGUUCAUCUGAAAGGAGAUCUUCUGAAAGGAGGGAGAAGCGAGAUGAUGUCCGUGAUGCAACCAGGAAGCGACGUCGCAGCCGGAGUCAUAGCCACAGUCCUGAGAGGAAGCCAUCAGAAAGGGCUCGAGAAAGACACCGUGAUAGAGACAGGUCGCAUGAGAUUGAGAUUGGGAGAGAAGGUUCACGUGAGAAGAGCGGGAGCAGAGAGAGGGAUGAUCAUCACAACCGCGAUAAGACUAGGGACAGGGAGAAAGAUAGGAGGAGAAAUGAGAAGUGAGCAGCUGAAUCCAAAGCAGCAAUUGGCUUCCAGAAGACAGAUUGUUCUCAAAGGUAUUUCAGAUGUUCUCAUCAAGGUCUAGAUUGUGCGUCAAAACCUUUGCUUCAAGGACUUUGGAUGUGGAAGCAGGCCUUCGUUUUAUUGAUGUGAACAUCACUUGGGUCAACUUGGUCUCAGAGGGAUUAUGGAAAGACCCUCUUCCAUCACAAUAUGUAAGCUCUCCUAGUCGCAAGCUUUGUUGAAAAUAAUGCCUCUUAUGCUAAGAAUGGAGUAGUUUGCAUAUCUGCAUUAGUUUAUGUUAUGUUGGACAAGUUGUUUGUAGAAUUCAAAUUUGCCAUAUUAGCCGGUGGUGAGUUACGGUUGAUCAGAUGCGAGCUUCUGUUUUCAUAUUUGACAACCAAUGCUUGUCGAAUUUGUAUUGGAGAUCUAACCUUUGUUUAUUGUAUAAUUGAAAAAAAUCAUGGCGAGCUUUCCA